AUUUCACUUCUAGAUCAGGUUAUAAUCUUAAUUUAUCAUCGAGAAUCAGUCGAAAUCAAUAAUAUCGAGUAGAGGUAGAGUUAUGCUUUAUAUAUAAAUAGUUUGAGAUCCGUUUUGGUUUUGUUGCUAUUUGAAUUCAAAAUGAUACUUAAAUUUGUGAUCCUUUUAUUGACUAUCUAUGUUCAUGUGAAUGCAGAAGUGCUCGUUACGAUACCAAAUAAAGGCACUAUCAGAGGAAGGAAGGAAUAUUCUUUGAGGAACAUCUCAUUCUACGCAUUUCAAGAAAUACCCUUCGCGAAACCGCCUGUAGGAGAAUUGCGAUUCAGAGAACCACAACCAGAUGAAGGAUGGGAAGGUAUCUUAGACGCAACAAAGAACACAAAAAUAUGUUAUCAGCAGAGUAACAUAUACAAUACGGAUAUAACAAUUCUAGAAAAUGAGGAUUGUUUGUAUUUGAAUGUUUAUACACCAAAGUAUCCUACAUCAGAGCAGUCUCUACUACCCGUGAUUUUCUAUAUCUAUGGAGGAGGAUUCGUCAAUGGAGGUGCCACUUUUGAUUUUAUGGGACCCCAUUACUUCAUGGAACACGAUGUGAUUCUAGUCACAGCGAAUUAUCGUUUAGGACCUUUCGGUUUUCUAGCAACCGGUGACCUAGUCAUUCCUGGAAACUACGGUUUGAAGGAUCAACUCAUGGUCAUGAAAUGGAUCAACCAAAACAUCAAAUAUUUCGGAGGUGAUCCUGAAAAAGUGACCAUAUCUGGUCAAAGUGCCGGAGCAGCAUCUGUCAACUUCCAUUAUAUGAGUAAACAAUCUGAAGGUUUAUUUAGAGCUGGUAUUUCACAAAGUGGAUCUAUUCUGUGUCCAUGGGUUUACCAGAAGGAAUACAAGAGCAUAGCCUAUGACCUUGCUUCUUACGUCGAUAGUGAAUUCCAAAGAAACUCAAGCUCAGAAGAACUGCUGAAAUUUUUGUGGAACGUAUCUGCUACUGACCUCAGCAAGGCUGCAGCUAGUUAUCCGCCGGAACUUUUAGACGAUCAAAUCACCCUAGGAUUUGUGUUUGGACCUACAAUAGAGCCUGAGCACGAAAAUGCCUUCAUUACUGAGUCAAUGUAUGAAGCUGUGGAAAAAGGGCACAUCAAUCGUGUUCCCAUGAUGAUUGGUAUGUGCUCGGAAGAAGGAUAUGCAAUAGGUUCCUAUAGUAUACCUGAAAUCCAAAAGUUAGCAUCAAAAAUUGACAACGACCCUUCCCAACUGGUUAACCCAAAUAUGCACUUAACUGAUCCAAACGAAAUAAAGGCAGCAGCAGAAGCCAUCCACAGAAUUUAUACAGACGGAGCAUUUGCUGAUAAUUUGGACAAAACUGUCAAGUUUUACAGUGACACUGCUUUCAAUAGGGGAAUAAUUCGUUAUGCUGAAAUGCAGUCGAAUUUCAGCGAUAUCUACUUCUACCAGUUCUCUCAUUAUGGCCCCAUCCUUGGAGAACGACCAAACCUUGAUGGAGUUUAUAAAGUGGGCCAUGGAAAUGAUGUGCUGUUUUUAUGGGCAUUCAGCAAUUAUAGUACGAUGGACACUCAGAGGGCAGACGAUGUUUUGACAUCAAAUCGUUUAUUGACGUUGUUGACUAACUUCGCGAAGUAUUUAGAUCCUACUCCAUAUGCAUCCAGUCUGUUGGAUGAUGUUGAUUGGCCCACAGUUCGCCCAGAUAAUUUCCAGUAUCUGGAUAUAAACGAUACCUUAACCAUCAAGAAGAAUCCUAAGGGCGAAUUUUAUCCAAAAUGGGUAGAAAUUUACGAACAAAUGGCUAUCAAGCCAUAUACAACAUUCUGA